AUGGCGAUGACUUCUUCUUCUUUUUCUUCAGCUUUUUGGUGGUGGAGGCGGUGCUGGGCACUUGGGCUACUGGUGAUGGUGAUGCUAGCCUUGGCAACCUCAUGUAGUUGCAUCGGAUUGUUGGACGAUGAUGAAGAUGACGAAGGCGAAAUGGGUUACAAUCGGCAGCAACAACAGCAACAGAAAGAACAAACUAAGAAGGUAGCGGACACAGCGGCGCAGAAGGCAGAGGAGAUUGGGAAGGAAGCCAAAGAGGGUUCGGAGUCCUGGACAGGGUGGGCAAAGGAAAAGAUCACAGAGAGUUUGGGCAUGAAGCAAGAAGAUCCCCAAGAGAAAGCUAAACAAGCCACGGAUAAGGCUUCUGAUACCGCUUAUCAAACAGGGCAGUACAGUACAGAGAAGGCCGAAGACGUGAAGAGAAUCGCCGAGGAGAAAGCAAGGAAGGCGGCAGAGAUAGCAGCAGAGAAGGCUAAGCAGGCCAAGGAAGCCGCCUACGAGAAGGUAGGGAAGGUGACAGACACAGCAGAAGAGAAGGACGUGAAGAGAAGCGCCGAGGAGAAAGCAAAGAAGGCGGCAGAGAUAGCGAAAGAGACGGCGGAGGAGCAACUCAAAUGGGCCAAAGAGAGAGCCAAAGAAGGAUUCGACGCCGCCAAAAACAAAGCAGGGGAGACAAUAGAGAGCGCCAAGGAAACCAUCGGUGCAAAGCAGAAAUCACAGAAAGUUAAGGAUCGAGACGAGGAACUUUAAAGGAGGAGAACACCGUUCCUAUCU